AUGCCUGGGUUGGUUUCUGCCACAGGUGUCCUGGCAUUUCUUGCCGAGGAGGAGCCUGAGCUCAGAGUCUUCGCUCUGCAGACCCUGAACGACGACAUUGACACCGUUUGGACAGAGGUUGCGGGUGCCUUGAGCCAGAUUGAGGCCCUCUACGAAGAUGAAUCCUUCCCCGAGCGACAGCUAGCCGCCUUGGUUCUUGCCAAGGUCUACUACCAUCUCCAAGCCUACAAUGACAGCAUGGUGUUUGCCCUCGCUGCAGGCGACCUGUUCAAGCUUGAUGCGCACGGCGAAUUUGAGGAGACCAUCAUCUCCAAGUGUGUCGACCAGUACAUUGCUACAUCCGCCGCGAAGAACCCUGGUCCCAAGCCCGCCAAGAGCACCGAGCUUCCUGAGCUUGCGACUACCUUCUCCAAUGUCCCUGAUGGGGCUGUCACCUCACCCACGACCCCCUUCUCCCAGACGACACUUCCUCCCAAGUCUCUUCUCUCUCGCGAUUCUAUCGAUGAAUCUGUGCUCGGCGCCACCUUCCAGCCUAUUGGAAAGAACGGGCGUUCUGGCUCCGUUGCCAACCUCCCCGACCAAGCUACCGAGUCCGCCCUGCAGAGAGUCAUCGAGCGCCUUUUCGAGAGCUGCCUCAAGCAGGGCCGCUACAGACAAGUGGUUGGCAUUGCCAUCGAGGCCAGGAAUCUUCAGGUUCUUCGCAGUGUCAUUAAGCGCGCUAGCGACGAUGCUGCUCGCUCCAAGAACAAGGUACAGGACGGAACCCCCGGGCCCGCUGAAGAGUUGAUGGAGUAUACGCUCAGUAUCUGCAUGGAUAUCGUCCAAGAACGUAGCUUCCGCCACGAAAUCUUGCGUUUGGUCCUAGACCUACUAAACGAGAUUCCUAACCCCGACUAUUUUGCCAUCGCCAAGUGCGUCGUCUAUCUCAACUCCGACGAGGAAGCGUCUCGCAUGCUGCAGACCCUGGUCGAUAACGGUGAUCGUACCUCGAUAGCAAAUGCCUACCAGAUCGCUUUUGACCUCUAUGACAAUGGGACACAGGAAUUUCUGGGCAAGGUCUUGGCCUCACUCCCAUCCCCUGGUCCCGACCCUAGCGAGGCGGCUCCCGAAAAACCCGCCAAGGCCACCGAAAACAAGGAUGCUGAGACUGAGCCUCUCCUCAAGGAGGAAAAUGACGAGGAGGACGAGGAUGAGGACGAGGACAAGCUUCCUGAAGAGGUUGCCAAAGUCUGGCGCAACAUUCGUUCCAUUCUGGAUGGUUCCAAGACAAUCCAGCUCAACCUCGAGUUCUUGUACCGUAACAACCGAACCGACCUCAGCAUUCUGACAAAGGUCCGCGACAGCCUCGAAGGCCGUAGCUCUAUCUUUCACAGUGCUGUCACAUUCUGCAAUGCCUUUAUGAACCAGGGUACUACAAACGACAAGUUUUUCCGUGACAACCUCGACUGGCUUGGCAAGGCCGUGAACUGGUCCAAGUUCACGGCGACCGCCGCCCUGGGUGUCAUGCACAGAGGCAAUCUGAAACAAUCACGAAAGCUUCUGGAACCCUACCUCCCUAGAGCCGGUGGGUUGGGCAGUGGCUCCGUUUACAGCCAGGGUGGCGCCCUGUACGCCUAUGGUCUGAUCCAUGCCAACCACGGUGCUGGUGCUCUCGAGUACCUCAAGACCCAAUUCAACAACGCUGAAGAUGAGGUCUUGCAGCAUGGUGGUGCUCUUGGUUUGGGCAUUGCAGGAAUGGCGACUGGUGACAUCGGCAUUUUCGAGAAGCUCAGGGACAUCCUGUUCCAGGACUCGGCGCUCAACGGCGAGGCUGUAGGUCUAUCCAUGGGUCUGAUUAUGCUAGGUACUGGCAAUGUCAAGGCCAUCGAGGACAUGAUCACUUACGCCCACGAGACGACUCAUGAGAAGAUUGUCCGUGGUGUGUCUAUCGGUAUGGCUCUCAUCAUGUACGGCCGUCAGGAAGGAGCCGAUGUCUUGAUUGAGGGUCUGCUGAACGACCCCGACCCAACUCUACGAUAUGGCGGUAUCCUUACGGUUGCCUUGGCCUACUGUGGUACCGGAAGCAACAAGGCUGUUCGUAAGCUCCUUCACGUUGCUGUCAGCGAUGUGAGCGACGAUGUUCGUCGUAUUGCUGUGAUGAGUCUGGGUUUCAUUCUCUUCCGCAAGCCCGGCAGCGUCCCUCGCAUGGUUGAGCUUCUUUCCGAGUCAUACAACCCUCACGUGCGGUAUGGAUCUGCUAUGGCUCUGGGUAUCGCCUGUGCUGGAACCGGUCUCGAUGAAGCUAUUGAUCUCUUGGAGCCGAUGAUGAAGGACCCAACCGACUUUGUGCGACAGGGAGCUCUGAUCUCUCUUGCAAUGAUUCUGGUUCAGCAGAACGAGGUGAUGAACCCCAAGGUCGCAUCAAUCCGCAAGACUUUAAAGAAGGUUGUUGGAGACCGUCACGAAGAUGCCAUGACCAAAUUCGGUGCUGCCCUGGCCCUGGGUAUCAUCGAUGCCGGUGGUCGCAACUGCACAAUUGGCCUCCAAACACAAACAGGUAACCUCAACAUGGCUGGAAUCGUCGGUAUGGCCGUCUUCACGCAAUACUGGUAUUGGUUCCCCUUCACCCACUUCUUGUCCCUGAGCUUCUCGCCCACUUCAAUCAUUGGACUGGAUCACAACCUCGAAAUUCCUGAUUUCAAGUUCCACUGCGCCACCCGCCAGAGCCUCUUUGAGUAUCCGCCAGAGCAAGAGGUCAAGGCCGAAGAGGGCCCAGCCUUGAUUGCAACCGCCAUUCUGUCGACAACUGCUCAGGCCAAGCGACGGGCCCAGAAGAAGGAGAAGGCUCAACGCCGCGAGAGCAUGGACAUUGACUCCGCUCCUGCCAGACCUUCGGUGGACGCCAUGGAUAUCGAGGAUAAGAAGAAGGACGAAGGCGAAAAGGAAGAGAAGGAAGAUAAGGAAGAUAAGGAGAAGAAGAGCGGCGAUGAUAAGGAGUCUAGCCCUGCCGAGUCCAAGAAGAAGCCCGAAAAGGAGAAGGUCGGGUUCGAGAUUGAGAACAUGACCCGUGUUCUCCCUGGCCAGCUCAAGUACAUCAGCUUCCCCGCUGGCAGGUACAAGCCCGUCAAGAAGCCUACUGGCGGACCUCUUUUACUUGACGACACACAGCCCGAUGAGCCCAAGACCUUGCUUGAGGAGAAGCUGAAGAAGGUCACAACAGAGCGGGCACCCGUUGCGGGAGCUGGUACUCAGCGGGGUGGACGAGGAGGCGGCCGAUCCAUCCUCGACGGACUGGUGGACCCAGGUCGUGCCUCAACUGGCAACUCGAUGGUGGACCAAAUCCUUCGAAAUGCACAGGGGCGGAAUUCGCCUUUGGCCAGCUUGUUGGAUCUUCCCUCUACCCCUGGAGCACCAGGUGCGACGGGAGCUGCUUAUGUCCCUGGAUUGGAGGAUGACGACGAUGACGAGGAUGCCAACGUGCCGAACGAGUUUGAAUACUACUCCGACAAUGGCAGUGACGAUGAGUUGUAG